CUGAGCCCGCCCGGCCCCCGCCCCGCCGUACCGCCAGAAUGGACUGCUGAAUUGAGAAUUAUUGCAGACCCAACAGUACAGCACUGCUCAUUGCUUCAUCUAUCACUAGUUAUUUAAAUUGGACUUUUAAUAUCCUGCCAGCUGCUGUUCACACACACAUGCUGCAUUGUUGCCAUUCUCAGAAUUGCAUCUUUGAAACCCAGGCCCUCAGUAACCUUCACUGAACAAAGAAGUGACCUCCUGCGUACAUUCAUAGAGGGAUUUUUUGGACUGUCUGCCCUCUAGCUUUUUUGUUAGUGCUGUGUUUCUGAGACACUAUGGAGCCCAGUAUGGAGUACUGCUUAGCGCAGGUGCUGCAGAAGGAUGUUGGGAAGAGACUUCAGGUUGGUCAGGAAUUGAUAGAUUACUUCUCAGAUAAACAGAAGUCAGCUGAUCUGGAACAUGAUCAGACGAUGCUGGAUAAAAUGGUCGAUGGACUGGCCACCUCUUGGGUGAAUUCCAGCAAUUAUAAGGUGGUGCUGCUGGGGAUCGACAUCAUCUCCGCACUGGUGUCCCGCCUGCAGGACCGCUUCAAGGCUCAGAUCGGCACAGUGCUGCCCAGCUUGCUGGAUAGGCUGGGGGAUUCCAAGGACUCUGUGCGGGAGCAGGAUCAGACCUUGCUGCUGAAAAUCAUGGAACAGGCUGCUAAUCCUCAGUACGUGUGGGAUAGGAUGUUAGGAGGAUUCAAACACAAGAAUUUCCGGACAAGAGAAGGGAUCUGUCUCUGCCUUAUUGCAACACUCAAUGCAUCUGGAGCUCAGAGUUUAACACUGAGUAAGAUAGUGCCGCAUAUAUGUAACUUACUUGGAGAUCCAAACAGCCAGGUUCGAGAUGCAGCAAUAAACAGCCUUGUGGAAAUCUACAGACAUGUUGGUGAACGUGUAAGGGCUGAUCUCAGUAAAAAAGGAUUACCCCAAUCCCGAUUGAAUGUAAUUUUCACGAAAUUUGACGAGGUCCAAAAAUCUGGAAACAUGAUCCAGAGCUCAAGUGAUAAAAAUUUUGAUGAUGAAGACUCUGUGGAUGGGAACAGACCUUCCUCAGCUAACUCCUCUACAUCAUCAAAGGCCCCUGCAAACUCACGUAGAGUUGGAAUGGGGACUACUCGCAGACUUGGGUCUGCAGCUCUGGGAUCCAAGUCCUCAAGCAAAGAGGGAGCAGGUGCUGUGGAUGAAGAAGACUUCAUUAAGGCAUUUGAAGAUGUCCCAACAGUUCAAAUUUAUUCUAGCCGGGAUCUUGAGGAAUCCAUAAACAAAAUAAGAGAGAUACUAUCUGAUGAUAAACAUGACUGGGAGCAGAGAGUAUCUGCUUUGAAAAAGAUCCGCUCCUUACUGUUGGCUGGAGCUGCAGAAUACGAUAACUUCUUCCAACACUUACGGCUCCUGGAUGGAGCAUUUAAAUUAUCUGCUAAAGACCUGCGAUCUCAGGUAGUGCGGGAAGCUUGUAUCACGCUGGGACAUUUAUCAUCAGUUCUGGGAAACAAGUUUGAUCAUGGGGCAGAAGCCAUUAUGCCAACAAUUUUUAAUCUAAUUCCAAAUAGUGCCAAAGUCAUGGCCACUUCUGGUGUUGUAGCAGUUAGAUUAAUCAUUCGACAUACACACAUCCCCCGACUAAUACCCAUCAUAACCAGCAAUUGUACCUCCAAGUCUGUUGCGGUUAGAAGGCGCUGUUUUGAAUUUUUAGACCUGCUGCUGCAGGAGUGGCAAACCCACUCCCUAGAAAGACACAUAUCAGUGUUAGCUGAAACAAUAAAGAAGGGAAUUCAUGAUGCAGACUCUGAAGCCAGGAUAGAAGCAAGAAAGUGUUACUGGGGUUUCCACAGUCACUUCAGCAGAGAGGCAGACCAUUUGUACCACACCUUGGAGUCCUCCUACCAGAAGGCCCUGCAGUCACAUUUGAAGAACUCUGACAGCAUUGUGUCCUUGCCACAGUCGGAUCGCUCCUCCUCCAGCUCCCAGGAGAGUCUCAACCGUCCACUGUCUGCCAAAAGAAGUCCUACUGGAAGUACUACAUCAAGAGCAUCUACAGUAAGUACAAAAUCUGUGUCAACACCAGGAUCUCUGCAGCGAUCCCGCAGUGACGUUGAUGUGAAUGCAGCAGCUAGUGCCAAGUCAAAAGUGACAUCUUCUGGAGCAUCCACCCCCUUCAGUUCUGCUGCAGCCCUGCCCCCAGGCUCAUAUGCAUCACUAGGUCGGAUUCGUACAAGGAGGCAGAGCUCUGGCAGUGCCACCAGCGUCACCUCAACACCUGCUGAUACCCGAGGCCGCAGCCGGGCUAAAGUGGUUUCCCAGUCCCAGCCUGGUAGUCGGUCUAGUUCUCCGGGUAAGCUGUUAGGAAGCACCUAUGGUGGCUUGAGCAGUGGAACAUCCAGAGUUCAACCUGUGCCAUCAUCUUCAGAGAAGCGCAGCAAGAUCCCCCGGAGCCAGGGAUGCAGUCGAGAGACGAGUCCCAACAGAAUAGGACUAGCACGGAGCAGUCGUAUCCCCCGACCCAGCAUGAGUCAGGGGUGCAGCCGUGAUACCAGCCGUGAGAGCAGUCGAGAUACAAGCCCUGCUCGGGGCUUUCCUCCACUUGCUUCUCGACGUCAUUCCAGGUCCACUAGUGCUCUCUCCACUGCUGAUUCUGUUGGGCAGUCAGGCAACCGGUUUGGACUCGGACAGUCAGGCAGGAUGCCUGCUUCUGUGAAUGCCAUGCGAGUCCUAAGCACAAGCACAGACCUGGAGGCCGCUGUGGCUGAUGCACUGCUGUUAGGAGACUCCAGGAGCAAGAAAAAGCCAGUGAGAAGAAGAUAUGAACCCUAUGGGAUGUACUCCGACGAUGACGCUAACAGUGAUGCAUCAAGCGCUUGCUCAGAGCGCUCCUAUGGUUCCAGGAAUGGAGGCAUUCCUCACUAUCUGCGGCAGACCGAAGAUGUGGCUGAGGUCCUGAACCACUGUGCCAGCUCCAACUGGUCUGAAAGGAAGGAGGGCCUCAUAGGUCUCCAGAACUUACUGAAAAGCCAGCGGACACUGAGCCGAGUGGAAUUAAAAAGGCUGUGUGAAAUAUUUACUCGCAUGUUUGCUGACCCUCACAGCAAGGUCUUCAGCAUGUUUCUGGAAACCCUGGUUGAUUUCAUCAUCAUUCACAAAGAUGACUUGCAGGAUUGGCUUUUUGUUCUCCUGACACAGUUGCUGAAGAAAAUGGGAGCAGAUUUGCUGGGGUCUGUGCAGGCGAAAGUUCAGAAAGCUCUGGAUGUCACCAGGGAUUCUUUUCCAUUUGAUCAACAAUUUAACAUUUUGAUGAGGUUUAUUGUGGAUCAGACGCAAACACCAAACCUCAAGGUGAAAGUAGCUAUCCUGAAAUAUAUUGAGUCCUUGGCAAGACAGAUGGAUCCGACGGACUUUGUGAACUCUAGUGAGACAAGACUUGCUGUGUCUAGAAUUAUAACUUGGACAACAGAACCAAAGAGCUCAGAUGUGAGAAAGGCAGCACAAAUAGUCCUGAUUUCUCUCUUUGAACUGAACACUCCCGAGUUUACCAUGCUACUUGGUGCCUUGCCAAAAACAUUCCAGGAUGGUGCUACCAAGCUCCUGCACAACCACCUCAAGAACUCCAGUAACACCAGUGUGGGUUCCCCCAGCAAUACUCUUGGUAGGACUCCUUCUCGGCACUCCAGCAGCAGAACCAGCCCCUUGACUUCACCUACCAACUGUUCCCAUGGUGGGCUGUCUCCAAGUAUGCUGGAUUAUGACACGGAGAACCUAAAUUCUGAUGAAAUCUACAGCUCUCUUCGUGGAGUCACAGAAGCAAUUGAAAAGUUUAGUUUUCGUAGUCAAGAGGACCUGAAUGAGCCAAUCAAACGUGAUGGGAAGAAAGACUGUGACAUGGUGUCUCGAGAUGGUGGCCUUGCAGUACCUACCAGUGAUGUCCGAGGAGGCAGUGAUACUGUAGAAGGAGGAAGGAUGGCUCUAGAUAACAAAACCUCCUUACUUAACACACAGCCACCCCGCGCCUUUUCAGGGCCACGAGCUCGAGAGUAUAACCCCUAUCCUUAUUCCGACACAAUUAACACUUAUGACAAGACUGCCCUCAAGGAAGCAGUUUUUGAUGAUGACAUGGAUCAGCUUCGGGAUGAAGUACCCAUUGACCAUUCAGAUUUGGUGGCUGACCUUCUGAAAGAGCUCUCUAAUCACAAUGAGCGGGUGGAGGAGCGGAAAGGAGCUCUCCUGGAGCUGCUGAAAAUCACAAGGGAGGAUAAUCUUGGAGUUUGGGAGGAACAUUUCAAAACCAUUCUGCUCUUGCUCCUGGAAACACUUGGAGACAAAGAUCACUCAAUACGAGCAUUGGCACUGCGAGUCCUUAGAGAAAUCCUACGGAAUCAGCCAGCAAGGUUCAAAAACUACGCAGAGUUGACCAUCAUGAAGACACUGGAAGCACACAAGGAUUCCCACAAGGAGGUCGUCAGAGCUGCUGAGGAAGCUGCUUCUACCCUGGCAAGCUCCAUCCAUCCUGAGCAAUGCAUCAAGGUGCUUUGCCCCAUCAUUCAGACAGCAGAUUAUCCAAUUAAUUUAGCUGCCAUCAAGAUGCAGACAAAGGUCAUUGAGAGGAUUUCCAAGGAAUCACUGCAUCAACUCCUUCCUGAUAUUAUUCCUGGAUUGUUACAGGGUUAUGAUAAUACAGAGAGCAGUGUCCGUAAAGCUAGUGUAUUUUGUCUGGUGGCAAUUUAUUCAGUAAUUGGUGAAGAACUGAAACCUCAUCUCGCACAACUCACAGGAAGCAAGAUGAAGCUACUAAACUUGUACAUAAAGAGGGCCCAAACUACCAACAGCAACAGCAGCUCCUCUUCAGAUGUUUCAACGCACAGUUAAUGGAGAUAUGUGGACAUAUGUGUAGACUUAGAAGCAAUCAACGGUGCCUCUCAGAGACCUUUCUGCUACUCUUCACUGGCGCACUUCAUCAGCUAAAGGAGGCCAUGCAGAUAUUUAUUGCAAUCAGUAUUCUAGUCCCUUAAAGCUUUCAUGUAAAACCUUACUGGUAUUGAAUGUAAAGGAAGCAAGGUCUGUGUUGCAGUCUUCAUUAAAAAUGAACAACAGAAAGCCAUACUUAAACAUAUUGUAUAGCCUGCUGAAAUCUUGGAAAUAUGUUUAGGUUAGCAUUCCAAAAGAGUCAAAAAACCUGGAUACGCGUAAAAGUUAAACAAAUCUUGGUUUAGUUCAUACCCAGUUUUGGUUUCUGUGCGCUAGUUACUGCUCUUUCCCUGUGGCCGCAGCCUUUCUGGCUAGGAUCUCCUCUUACAAGUCCUGUGGUCCUGUUUUGUACUUCCUAUCGCAGCUUGCCUAAUGUGCAGGGUUCUCUACGAGGAGAUCUUUGCUGAUGUGGCUGUGGUUCCAGCCUCUAAUGCUUUAAUACUGAGAUAUCAAGUGAGUAAUGAAAAAGUAGGUUCUUUUUAAAUAUCUGAGUUUUCUGUAUAUAGUUCUUCUGACAGACCUCUGAUGGCUGAUCUCUCUAACUGCUCUCCAGCCAGCUGUGCUUUGUAGAGCAACUGGGCUCUCGCUACCUUCGUUGACUGUAAAUAUUUCCCCUCUUCCAACCCAUUUGGCUCUUUCAUGUGCUCGAGACUCUUCAGGUUACUUGUUACUCCCCAAAGGGAACCUCAGAUGCUGUUCUGAGACUGGUGCCUGCAUUUGGACAUGAGCACAGUUGGUGUUGGAUUGGGCUUGGGUGCAUCCUUGGGUGGACAGUCAGAGCUGCCAAGGCUGUAUUGCAGUGCUGCCUUGUGAGGCUGGCUGAGUUCUUCCUGAAGUCUGUAGCGUCAAAGGAUUGAUCUGCCACUUUAACCGGGACCCAUCGAUGUUGGUGGUAAAUGGCUUUAUCCACACAAAUCCAGUGUGCUUUGGGCAGACUGUUCAUCCAAGAGGACAGAAAGGGAAUCUGAAGCUGGACAGAACAACCCUGUGGAAGCUAAGGGUUGGCUGGGAUAGUGCUGCUCACCUGCUGCUGUUCCUGUCUUGUGCCCGAAGAGCCUGCAGUGCUGUCUUCUGCCUUUAGAAGCCUCCUUCUUCCCACGCACAACCCUGCUGGGUGCUUUGCAUUUUGGAGGGAUGUGCUAGACUGUGACACAGACCAGGUAAGAGCCAAACCAGCAGCAGCAGGUACCCCAAAGCACCGUCCUGCUCCAAGCUUCUGUUGGCAGUGGCUGAGUGCCUGCUGCCUGUGACUGGGGGGAGCAGGAGGAUGCUUGUGCUGCGUUUGGCCCUAGGCUGGAUCCUGGCUGACAGACAGGCCCACCCCAACCUGCCAUGGAUGAGAACUGGGUUUUUUCCCCCAGUGACAGUGAUUGCAGGAGGGUGAUGGACCUGCAGUGUGUGUUCCCAGGCUGCUCUCAGUGCCUUGGUCUCUCUGCAGCCCCCUUCAUUUCCCCUUUGAGGAGCUGAAGGGACACCUUGGUAGCAGACUCAGUGGCAGCAUGUGAGCAUUGCCAGAACUGCAGCAGGGAAACACAGCAAAGAGGAUAAAGCCUUGCGGCCCUCCGUCUCCAUCAGUUUGUGCUCCUGUAGCUCAGCCCCAGCCAUGAGGAGCUGUGCUGGAAGGUGCUGACUGGUGCAGCUCCAGAAAAGCUGAGGUUUGUGGGGCUUUCCCAGCCUCUCACCUGGCUGCCGUGGGAGCAGAGGUGACCUGCUCCUUAUGUCAUUGGGAUGAGUCCAGGCUUGGGCUGGCUGCAGGGCUGAUCCCUUGUGCUCCCCAGUGCUGUGGCAGGAGGGGAGUGUCGUGGUCUGGUAGUGGGAUUCCUCCAGGCCCUCGCUGCUGGUUCAGAAGAGCCAUCCUUGCUUGGGAGAGGAUUGGCUGCUCCAUGGUUGGUGUCUCCCUGUCCGUGGACCAUUCCUUUUCAACACCUUUCAGUAUGCUUGUUAGAGUUUUGUGUGUUUGUUUUUUUUUUUUUUUAAUUUUUUGAAUGAUUCAAAUUAUUUUAGUUUAAUGUGAAUUUAUUUUCCCUUUUGAGGAAACAUUCAGCCACCUCGUUGGCAGCAGUUAGCUGUCUUGUUUGAAUUUUAGUAGUGGGUUUGGGGUUUUUUUUCCUUUUUUUUUUUUUUUUUUUUUUUUUCCAAUUUUUACUCUAACUGCUUACUAUUUAUGACUCUCUUUCUCCCCAUCUCAGUUCACCAUCUUCUGUUCCAGUCCUGGGGUUCAGCAGUCAGCAUAGCUGACCACAUGGCGCUUAGUUCCUCCCAGCUGUGAUGGAGCUUUUUGGGGGUUUUUUGUUUUGUUUUGUUUAGGUUUUUUUUGAAUGGCACACUGUAGCAAACCUCCAGGAAUUGAAUUCCUUCUCAAAUGAUUUUGUGUUUUAUAAAAUCCUGUUAGUAUGCACUGAGAGUGAACGCACUGUAAUGUCCCUGAACUGACCCUGGCGCCUGUGCUGACACUAAAGGAGUUAACAGCUCGUCCUAUGGGAAUAGGUGUGAAAUCUGCCAUGCUCUGUGGCUGCAGAGGUGAACGCCUGUUUCUCAGAUACCAUUGGCACACUUGGGGCUGCAAAAUAGUAGAACCAGGCCUUACUUUCGUAAUCAGAUGCCGUUCUGUUUGUCAACAGAUGCUCAUUGUGUUCCUUUCUUUCAUUACGUGAGUCAGUCGAGGACUGUUCAUCCUUUGAGUACUCUAGAAGUAUGUUAUACCUGUAUACAGUAGGGGGCAUUCUGCUUAGGUAUUUAUAAAACAUUGCGUAUAAUGUACAUAGUAGGGUCGUUUAGUAUGUUGAACAUGAUCUUUUUUUUUCCUUUGAAGUACUCAAAGGGCUAGCUCUGAAUGUCACCUCUCUGAUCUCAGCAUUCUGACUUCAAACAGCUGUACAAUCGUUUUGUUCUCUCUUCAGCAAGCAUAAAGGUCUCUCUGGCUACAGACCGCAGUGUCCACGCAUGUUUGCAGAGAACGAUCUGCAUGCGGGCAGUGCCUCACCGCACCGGUGAAGCUUGUGUUCACCCUCUCCCAGCAGUAGCCAUCUACUGCAGCUGCCUUUUUUUCCUUGCUGCCCAUUAUGCAGGGCUUCAACUUUUCAUACUUUAAAAAAAAAAAAAAAAAAAGUGUUUUUCUUUUUUCCUUGCCCACCAUGCUUUAAGUCUAAAUGGGAGAGAACUCAGCAGACAGCGAGCGGCUCCUGGCUGCAAGGUUGCAGAGAUAUCUCAGAUGCGGAUGUGUUUUUCUGCCAUUGGCUGCGCCGGUGCUCUGUGGGCAUGGGCGAAUAUGGAUCCAUCUGCCCCCUGGUCUGCGUACUGUAGUUCUCAUGUAGUGCAGAAUUAUCGAGGCAUGUGGCUUUCUUAAGGUACACUAUGUGUGCUUGCCUGGAUUACAAUACGAGACUGUCUUUUUUUAUCGCUUACUACUAGCUUUCCAAUAACCUCUAUAAGUAACCUAACUCACAUCUUUGUCAUCCGAACCUUUUCUCCCCACCCCUUUAUUUAUCAAGCAUAAUAUUACAUGCUAAGGGACAGGAAAAUAGACCUUUGUAGAAUACAGCAGAACAAUGUUGCUAACAAUGUUUGAAAUGGGAAUUAAAACCUCUCUAAAAACGCCAGCCUUGAGAAAUGACUUUGUUGGCACCGUGUUCAUGCGCAUGUAUUUUUUUCUAUUUUUUCCGCUUUUGUCAUGUUUCAUCCAUAUCUGUAUUUAUAUCUUGUUUGUUUCACUUUUGAGUGUAUCAUGGCAAUUGUACAGAUGUUUUUUGUUAACAUUUACGUGAUAGAAUUUGCUAAAAAAAAAAAAAUAAAAUAAAAUAAAACCUUUUGAGUUUGCCCUAGA